UAAACUGCGCAUGCGCACUACAAACCCGGAAGUCGUGGGUUCAGCAGUGUGUCGCUGCAGAUCAUUCAAGGAGAAAAAAUAACUCGAAUAUUUGAGUUAAAAUGUUUAAACUCGAAGGAUUGGGACCCAAAUUAGACCCGGAGGAGAUGAAGAGGAAAAUGCGGGAGGAUGUGAUUUCAUCCGUGAGAAAUUUCCUCCUUUAUGUCGCUCUUCUGAGAGUCACUCCGUACGUCCUGAAGAAGUUGGACAGCAUAUGAUGAUGGAGAAUUGCCUGUAAAACCCAUGGAACAGCAUCGUCCUUCAUCAUCAUCAUCAGCAGCAGCAGCACAAUGACGUGUUUGUUUUUUCUCUGGAGGACUGUAAUUUAAUUUAACCUUCUUUUCCUUCGUGUCUGAGGCAGUUGAUGUCUACAGACGUGACGUGAUGCAGCUGAUGUGUUGGUCAUGUGACCCAGACUACACGAGACAUGUUUAAUGUAUGCGACUUUUUUCUGUGAACAGAUUUUAUGUUUAUUAAAUAUGACUCACGACAUGAAUAAAUUAAAAUCUUGGUCCA